AUUUAAUUCACUCUCAGCCCCCCAACUUCUCGACUCUCCGAUUCCUCGGCGACCACUGUACUCGGAGAUAACGAAGUCGCCGGUCGAGUGAGGUGUCGCCGUCGUGUGAUUAGCCGGAGAUCUUCUCCCUUUCUUUCUCGGAUCCUUGAAGUGGCUCUCUUCCAGGUGUGGUGCUGGUGGCUUCAUUUGUUUGUACCAGAGAAAGCUGUAUGAAAAUUGUAUGUUGCCCAGAUGAGCAAAUCUGAUGUUAUUGGCAGUCGAAGGAGGAGGGUUUUUCUCUGCUUCAGCUUCUGGCUAUAGCAAGGGUCUGACCCUUCUUCUCUUGGGUCAGAAGAACCAAGAAAAACCCAUGAGAGUUUCGCCGUGGAAUCAAUACCAGUUGGUGGACCAAGAACCUGACCCUGACCUCCAGCUGGCUUCUAGGAAGAACCGGCUUGUCCGCGGGUGCGCCUCCUUUCUCUGCCUUGGUCAUGCUGCCACAGGACUUGAGAGUCCUUCUCCUUUGAAAGUAGGCCCUACCCAACAGCAGGAAACCCUGCCUGGAUCCCCUAUUCCACACAAAGGAAAGGAUCAUAUCCAUACCACUGAUCUUGUUGGUGGUGACAACGAUAAAAAGCAUGCUCUUAAGAGUAACUUGAAGAAGCCUACACACGCAACUCCAAUUUCUGAUGGUGUCAAUGAACAUGAAGCAUUAUGCAAGAAGGGAGGUGAUAUCCCUGGUGAUACGGAGAGGAGAAAAGUGCAGUGGUCAGAUACUUUUGGAGGAGAGCUUGCAGAGAUAAGGGAAUUUGAGCCUAGUGAUGUAGGUGGAUUAGAUGAUGAAUUUGAUAAUGAGAUUGGAAAGAGUUGUUCGUGCAAAAUAAUGUAGUUUCAGCAUUUCCUAUAGCAGCCUGUGAGCUCUUCCUCUACUGGAAGUCCAUGAACAACGCAAUGGUAAAGAGUUACCAUUAACAGAGCUUGCUUCAUCUCCCCCUUAUUAUGCCGAAGUUUGGAGUAAAGAAGAAAUGGGAUGCCGAGUUCGUGGGACAACAGCCAUCACAAGGAUUUCUGGUCAGGGCUGGCUUCAGCAGAAUGAUGGCCAUUCGUGUCCAUAUUCCAUUGCUUGGUAUUUCAAUUUUGUUAAUCUGGUCUUUCCCUUUUCUUAUUUAUCAUUUUUUUUUUAAAUUCAUGCUAUUAUACAGUGACUGGGUUGGCCAUUGUUUCAUCGUAAUUAUUAUUGUGCUAUAUUUCAGUUUCACCUUUGUCUAUAAGGUUUAACAGAUUUAUGUGGAAGUUCCUAUGGUGGGCGUAGGUGUUGGUCUUUGGCAUUUUCAGACAGAAUUGUAUCUCGUGUCUUCUCUUGUUGUUUUCCUGGGAAUACUUCUAGUUAUGCUCU